UAAACGGCACGACAACAUCCCAAAGUUACAUAUACUGAACGUUACCCUAUCGCGGUGUGCUAAAUUUUUCGUGGAUGCGUAAACGUGCAAAAAAAAUGCAUUCGUGAAGCACGUCGGUUAACUUCACACAUACUUUGUAGGUUAGCAUCAAAAAUGAAAAAGCUCGUGCGGCGCAUGUCGUCUCUGCGCAUGCGCGAUCCGUCUCUCGCAAACAUGGCGCAGCAAGAGCCGAAUGGAGAUAUUUCAUAUUCACCUACAGGAGCGGCCGAGGUGAACCAAAUGAUACAAGAGAACAGUGACUUGUUUUCUGACUCUCAGUGUAAAGUAUGUAGCGCUGUCUUAAUCUCCGAAUCCCAGAAACUUGCACACUACCAGAGCAAAAAACAUGCAAGCAAAGUACGCCGAUACAUGAGCAUACACGGCGAUGAGGAGCCCUUCGCAAAACGGUUCAAGUCUUCAGAGGAUACUAGUGAGGUCGAUGAAGCGGACAAAUACAAAGCCUGCCAUGUGUGCAACAUGACGUUCUCCUCCCCAGUGGUGGCACAGUCACAUUACCAGGGCAAAGUUCACUCCAAGAAUCUUCGCUUAAAAAUCUAUGGUCCACAAGCUCCAGCGUUACCUCAGCCCAAAACACAAGUGAAGAAAGACGAGGAGUCACCCGAACAGGGGGCAGCGGAGCAGGGGCCGGCGGAGGAGGACCCCAACCGCUUCUGUACAAUCUGUCAAGCUUCCUUUAACAAUCCGCUCAUGGCUCAGCAGCACUAUGUAGGCAAGAAACAUAAAAAACGUCUGACCAAACAGAAGCUCAUGGAGACCUAUGGGGCAUCCUCCACACCAGCCUCCACACCGAAGGGCUACCCAUGCACAGUGUGCAAUAUUGAACUGAACUCUGUGGAGCAGUACCAGGCUCACAUCAGCGGCUCUAAACACAAGAACAAUGUCAGACUUAAGAAAGGGGGAAAUGCUUUUGUCAGCCCCCCUGAGAGCUUCCAGCCCGAUUACCAGUAUACAGCCAGUCAUGAUGCAUCAGAAGCCUCGGGCGAGUGGGACAACUUCAGCCAGGGCUGUGUGUGAAGACAUGCCUUCAGAUUUCACCGCCCUCUGCUUAUUUGUCCCAAGUUUCCUCUGUUUUGACACAGUCACGUGUCUAUACUAUGUGCAUCUCCUAAUGCCAGCUUUUCAACGCAUCACUUUCUGGUCACUGUAUCGUACUCCGUUGAGGGACCACAACAGACUUUCACAGCAGAAUGAUUUUCUCUCUGUCCAGAACUAAAAUUAACACGGUUUAACGUAACACAUGCUGCUUUGUCCCAUAUGAUGAGUGUGUUUUAGUGUUCCUUAUUUGUUAAACUUGCAAAAAAUCGUUUUCAGAAACGCCACUUAUAGAUGCAAGCCUUGCAGGCAGCUUUGGGAGAUAUUUAUCUCUAGUUUUGGUUUUUAGUUUACGGUUCCUUCUUUGAAGAUUCUUCAUUUUUAAUCUUAUUUUCUAUAUCUGGUUUAAAGCAGUUUAAGCCAUUGCUUUGUGUUUUGAGCGGAAAGUAGUUUCCUUGCAUAUCACAUUGCUAUAAAUGAUUAAAUUAAUAAGUAGGAGCUAUAGUGUAACUUCAUACGCUUAGAGAUUUAAGCUAAGCUAAAUGAUGCUUUGGUGCAUACAUCAUUUUGUUGCACAAUUCUUUGAAAUUCUCCUAGUGAUGAAAAUCGUCAAAUGAUAGAAAGUUUUUGCCAGGUUAUAAAAGUGAUAUUUAUUUCAUUUCCGUUUAUGAGCAAACGCAAGGUUCAGUUCUCAUGAUGUUUAUUCUUGCCGUAUAUUCUAAUGUGUAACUGCUAUGCCAGUAACAUUGAGUUAUGAGCUGUGUAAACCCAGCCCAAAGUAAAUAACAAAAAUGUGAAGAGUUUGAAAAGCUUAUGUCUGUUAUGUCUCUUGGCUUGUAUUAUUUUUGCAAUGUACAUUGCAGAAUGUUCUAAGUAGUAAAAGACUGACAGUAUUUAAGACAAACUUUGUGAUGUCAACGUCAUUCAUAUUAAGCGCCUACAUAUUAAGUUUCAGUUAAAACAGCAGUUUAUUAGGAACUAUGAGUUAUUGUGAAUGGUUACUGUAAUACUUUAUGAAUGUGAGAGAUGACAUUUGUGUUUUUCUAUAUUCUUAAAGUCAAAGGACCUAGUUUUUUACUGUAUUUUGUCAAUAUUAUAUUAUGUUGAGCUCAAUAAUACAAACUCACCAGAAAAGCUACACAA